GGGUGGAGGCAGUGUCGUGUGGCGGAAGAGGCCCGAGGAUUUCCGAGGAGAGCGGAAGCGGGGCUGCCGGGGUCGGUCGAGCCCGAGGCAUGGCGGAGACGUCCUCGGAGCGGGAGGUGGAGGCCGAGGCGCUGGCCGCGGCGCGGGAGCGGAGCCGGCUCUUCCUGAGUGGCCUGGAGCUGGUGCAGCAAGGCGCCGAGGCGCGCGUCUUCCGCGGCCGCUUCCAGGGCCGCGCGGCCAUGGUGAAGCAUCGCUUCCCCAAGAGCUACCGGCACCCGGCCCUGGAGGCGAGGCUCGGCCGGCGGAGGACGGUGCAGGAGGCGCGUGCGCUGCUCCGCUGUCGCCGCGCGGGGAUAGCUGCCCCGGUUGUCUUCUUCGUGGACUAUGCUUCUAACUGCUUAUAUAUGGAAGAAAUCGAAGACUCGGUGACUGUUCGAGAUUAUAUCCAAUCCACUAUGGAGACCGAAAAGGACCCCCAGUGCCUCCUGGACUUGGCCAGGAGAAUCGGGCAGAUUCUGGCUAGAAUGCAUGACGAAGACCUCAUUCACGGGGACCUCACCACCUCCAACAUGCUCCUGAAGCAGCCCCUGGAGCAGCUGCACAUUGUGCUCAUCGACUUCGGGCUGAGUUUUGUUUCGGGACUGCCGGAAGAUAAAGGCGUCGACCUCUAUGUCCUGGAGAAGGCCUUCCUCAGCACCCACCCCCACACCGAGACUGUGUUUGAAGCCUUUCUGAAGAGCUAUGGUACUUCAUCCAAAAAGUCCGGUCCAGUGCUGAAGAAGUUAGAUGAAGUGCGCCUGAGAGGGAGAAAGCGGUCCAUGGUCGGGUAGCAGAGUUGCUAUAGUAACUGUCUCCCCCUGAGAAUGCUGUGGGUGUGACUGGGCCUAGGCAGUGGGGUCGUUGAUAAGUGGCCUGCGAUUGUGCUGUGCCACCGUCACCUGCGGUUCACUGUUCUCAGGAGCUUAGUGUGCACAAGGCCUGGUCUAGACAGAACUGGGUGUGUAACUCCGGCUGGCAUCACACUUUCUGUGUAUGCUGAGGAUAAAACCGUGAACUCCUGAUCUCCUGCAUCCAUUGGAGUAUAGGUGUGUGCUGUCUGUCACUCCUGUUUUAUCAAUGCCCAGGGCCUCACACUUGCAGGCAGGUGCUCUACCAACUGAGCUGCAUCCCCAGCCCUAGCCCAGGGUGUUUCAGAUCAAAUCAAAUAGGCUUUCUCCCCAACAGUGGCUUGUGGACCUCAUGCAUUCCAGGUGGCAUUGAUUUGAGAACAGUACUGUAGUCCUGGAGAGAUAACGGCUGGGAUAGUGUUUCUCUCUUCCCUCUAACCUGCUGGGAUUUGGGUGUGUGUACAAAGACUGCUUCAAGCCAGUUUAGUGAGAUAUAACCAUCACUUUGAGAGAGCACAAUAGACUGACUGGGAUACAGUGGACUGCUUUCCGAAGUGUUUUAGGUGUGUAUUUUUACAUGGGUGUAUUUGGAGUUUAUUAUAAAAGGUAUUUUUGAGGGGCUGGAGAGGUGGCCUUUUGCUCCCUCUUCCAAAGGAUUCUAGUCCAGGACUCAGGCUUCAAGGGACCCAGUGGCUCUGCCUCCUCAGGUACCUCUACUUACAUGCAUAUGCCCCUCUUCCCAGACACACACAUACACAUAAUUAAAUAUAGUAUGGAUAAAUUCUUGAAAUAUUUUUGAGAGUCACAAUAAAAAGAUGCAGAAAUAG